UCUCAUUUCACUCAACACAACACACGUGCUUCUGUCUGAUGCAAGCACAUGUUUUUAGUCAAAGUCUCAGUCUGUACUAUAUUAAAAAAAACAAUAAUUGUAUAGUUGAAAAAUGUUGCAAAGAAACUCGUUAAGAUCAAUUAGUCGGUUGCUGUUGAACAAUAAAAAUCGCCAGUAUGGUAUUAGCAAUCCACCUUGCAUUUCAAAUAGGUUUAUUCAAAUAUCUACCAGUUUCAAUUUUGAUAUUAAGAGAUCUAUUUCUAAUUACUCAAUUGCAUCGUCACUAUUACCUGUGAUUCAGCAAAGAACGCCACAAUGUACUAUUGGACGUUACUGCUAUCAGUCGUGGAGUCGACAGACGCACAAUUUCAAUAGAUUUUCAACCCAGUCCUGCAAACUAAAUAAGAACGAUUCUGUUAAUUGUAGUGGCAGUAGUGUACCUUUGGCGAAUAUCAAUGCGCAUUCCACUGAUUCAGAGGUCAAGUCUGAUUAUGAAAAGUCUCCUGCAAAGUUAUUCCUUAGUUUUACAUGCACGGUUUGCAAUGGAUCAAAUUCCUACAUGAUAUCCAAACAGGCAUAUACUCGCGGAGUGGUCAUUGUGACCUGCAACACCUGUUCGAAUCGCCACCUGAUUGCAGACAACUUGGACUGGUUCCCGAAUUCUGGGGGAACAAAUAUCGAAGAAAUUCUGGCGGAGAAGGGCGAAAAAGUCAGCAAGUUCGUAGGCAUCGAUGAUAACGGUGUUCAAGAAAUUUUGCCAUCGGAAAAUAAAUGCUAAUGUCUUUAUACGUUAAAAAGAA